AAGGAAUUUUAAAAACAUUGGGCUUCCAGCAGCUAAAUACUUCUGAGGAUUCAGAAGGCCACAAAGCUAGAUACACAAGCAUUCUUUUUCCCUUCAGAAGAUUCCUCAGGUUUCAAGUUUAAGCUGUGAAGUGCAAACAACAAUUCAACAUUCAGUGCAGCUCACGCACUGCAGGAAGAGGAGAUGUGUUUUCUGACCAAGCAUCCAGCUCUUGGCGUGGUAUGUUCUGCUUUCAUAUUCAGCGUGCUCAUUGCUGAAGGACAGCCUGGGGAAGAGCAUGGGCAGGAUGGCAGCUAUGCUCCCAGCCGAGGCUAUCUGAUGGAAGUUUUACGCGUUCUUUCAGCUGACAACACUGAGCUCCACAUGAACCACUCACGAGAACUGGUCAAAAUGUUACUGGAGAGAGCUGAGUGCCCACAGCGGAUUUAUGGCAUGCAAGAGGAUUGUAAUCUGUGCCUUGAACCAGAGACUUUGUUACUAAUAGCUGGUGGAGAUUUAGAAGACCAUCUCAGCGAAGAAGUAUUUGAGAGAAUUUCUCUUAUUCUUCUAUACUACAUUCUUCAUCAUAGAGAUGUGUGUUCUUCAGAACUCAGCUUGAAUAAUAAGGAUUAUAAAUUUUACCUACAGAGUAUGCUCAGUUUAAGACAUGAUGAAGACUGUUAUUAUUUUUCACGGAAUGAAACUGAAGAUAUUUUGGCUGCAGUAAGACAACAUUUUAAAACUUCUGAAAGCCAGUGUGUCGAUGUGAGUAUUCUGGAGAAAAAUGCUGAUAUAAUGGACAGAGAUGGUGCUGAUGAAAACACUCUUCCACGCCUGGCUGCUUUAAUCAUUACUCUGGCUCUCCAAGGAGUCUGUAUGGGGAAAGCAAGUUUGCCCUCCCCUGAAUUCUUUAUAAAAUAUAUUUUCAGUUCUCUAAACAGUACCACUGAGCUCCAAGUGACAGAACUAGAACAACUACUAAAUGUGCUCGCAGCCAAAAAGACCUGCACUGUAAAUGGACAAUUCCACAGUCACAAAAGAAGACGUUAUAGUAUGGCAAUCAGAGAUAUUGGAACCAGAAAUAUUCUAGUCAAAGGAAACCAUACAAAAGGAGACUAUCUGAAAGGUUAUUUUGAAGAUCAUGAAAGGAGCACAGAUUGGGACCAGGUUUGUUUCUCUGCCAAUGAGCUUGUGAAGAUAUUUUUUAAAAACAGUUCUUCCUCCAUUUCUAAGGACCACUUCAAGCAAAUCAGUCCAGCUAUCAUUCAGCAACUAUUAAGUUGUUCAUGUCAGCUUCCUAACUCCAAGCAGACAAAGCUUCCACCAACAACUUUGGAAAAAUAUGGUUAUAGCACUGUUGCUGUUUUACUUAUUACUAUUGGAUCUAUGUUUGGUACAACCCUCAUUUUAUUUAACUCCUGUCAAGAAAUCUAUAAACUCAUUUUACAGCUGUUUGUCGGUUUGGCUGUUGGGACCCUUUCUGGAGAUGCAUUGCUACAUCUUAUUCCUCAGACUCUUGGUUUACAUAAACAUGAAGCACAAGAGGUAGAACAUUUCUAUGAGGGGAAAGAAUAUAUCUGGAAACUUUUGGGAAUAAUUGGAGGAAUUCAUGGAUUUUUUCUGAUAGAAAAGUGUUUCUUUCUUUUGGUAACACCACGUGACCAGCAGGGCCUUUCUUUAGUUAAUGGGCACUGGGGACAUUCCCAUGAUCUUCCAGUGGAAUCUGAAUUAAAUGAACAUUCAGGCAGAGGCAAAUCUACUUCAACCAUACAGUUGAGAAGCCCAGAAGAUUCUGAGCCUGGUGAAGUUCCUCCAGAGAGUAAGGCAAUCAGCAAAAAAAGUAAGAAAAUUAGCUUGUUAGCAAUAAUGGUUCUGGUGGGUGACAGUCUUCACAAUUUUGCUGAUGGCUUGGUAAUAGGAGCAGCAUUCUCGUCCUCAACAGAAACAGGUGUGACAACGACUAUUGCUAUUUUAUGCCAUGAAAUUCCUCAUGAAAUGGGAGAUUUUGCUGUGCUGCUAAGUACAGGACUCCCCACGAAGAUCGCAAUUUUGAUGAAUUUUAUAAGUGCACUAACAGCAUUCUUAGGACUUUAUAUUGGCCUUUCUGUAUCAACUGACCCAUGCAUUCAAAACUGGAUUUUUACUGUUACAGCUGGAAUGUUCUUGUAUUUAUCUUUAGCAGAAAUGCUUCCUGAAAUGACUCAUAUUCAGACACGGCGACCCUGGUUGAUGUUUCUCCUACAGAACCUUGGAUUACUAUUAGGCUGGCUUUGCCUCUUACUUUUGGCUAUAUAUGAACAGAAAAUUAAAAUUUAAGUUUUCUGUUGGAAAUCUUGAAGUACCACUUAUGACAGUGGAUAGCAUUAUUCACAAUUUUGUCAUGUCUGCUAUAGUGAUAUAUAAAUUAAGUUGCUGGGAUUUUUAUAUCUGAACAGUAGAUAACUAUUUCACUUUAUUAACUUAUUGUUCAGAUUUUGUAAUUUUUUUUGUAAACAUGAAUGCUUAGAAUUAUGUUUUAUUUGUUACUGAGUUUACCAGAUCCCAUGCUCAAACUCACAGGAGCUUUUGAUUAGUUUUUACUGAGACUGUUCUAGUUGAAUGCUCUAAGUGAUCUCUGCCAGUCUGAUUGAAGAAAAGAAUAAAACACUUUUAUAUGCAAUAAUUAAAGUGGACUAACCAUAGCUGAAUAAUUUGAAGCAGAAAUGUUUUUUGCCUCUUAGUACAAAGAAUAAAUGUAUUUCUAUGAAACUAAAAAAUAUAGCAAAACUAAACUGUUAAAUGGGAUACAGCAAUCUCAUAAUAUCUACACUAUCUAUCUACUUUGUCAACAUAAAGAUCCUCAGUAGUCAUAUCUUACUGGUCCACUGUGGCAGGUAAAAAAUGACAAGUGUAAAUGUUGAAGCUUAUGACCUAGAAGUCUGAGAAUGCCCUUUUCCGACUGUGAUGUAGUUUCUCAUACAUGUGAUGGACUCUGUGACAGUUAAGCAUUGGACUAUAGUAACUGCCAGAGUUACUGCCUUCUGCAUUAUCCUACCUCUGAUGGUUGCUCAUAGCAAAUGCUUAUGAAGGAUUAUAAGAAAUAUGUUUAAAGUGGUUUCCCUGAUAUCCCUUCCAGGCUCCUCAAAUCAAGGGAUUCCUUGAGCCAGAUGUUGCUUCUGAGCCAUCAUGUUUAAUAAACACCAAUAGCGCCUUCCGAUCAUCAAUUAGCUUAUUCAUACAUAUGUGAUGUCCAUAGUGGAAAGAGCUUUUUCAGUUGUCUAAAGCACAUGUAGCACAUAGAACCUCAUGGCAACUCCUUCUAUCCUGAGUGAUUUUUGUGUAAUUAGUCGUCUUGAUUUCAAGGAAAUUCUGCAUAAGCUGAGAUGACUCAUUUAAUUUAGUAUUGCAGGAUCAAGCCUGAAACAAAUGUACAAAUUCUGCCCUGAUUCUGAGGUGCUGAGCAACUUCCAGGAGGUACUGAGCAACACUCAGCUUUGCGAUUUCUGCUACUUACGCUAUCAAUUUUUGGUGUAAGGACUCCCCCCUGCCUAAUUUAUAUUUUUUAUGAGAAUUGAGAUGCAUUCUUUCUCCCUCCUCUGAUAAACCGUGGAAAUAGGGAGAACAAGUUACAGAACAAAUAUAUAUUCUUUAUGCAGAAAGUGAAUGUUUUCUUUUCCUUGUCUUAACUCAAGCUUGAAAUAUGGCUACAUUAUGACAUGAUAUGACUGUCUCACAAUGUGUCCUGUGUUUAUUUGACAGCUCGUAGUGAAGGUACAAUUAUUCUCAUAUUACAAAGGGGAACAGCAUCUACUCUCCUAGAGCAGACUAUCAGAACUCUCAGUUUUCAAAGGCUUCAUGGGCACCAUACUACCUUAUCAACAAAAUGUAAAGUGAAAAUAAUUCUGAAUUUCAUUGGUUAUAACAGCACAGAUUCAUGGGCUUGUGAACCCCUAGACAUCCACAGACUUACCCUUGGGAAAAACACUUAAUGAUCAUUUUAAAGGUAGAUAUGCGCUCAUUUUCAGUGCCUGUUAGUUAUGAGAAUCUGUAGCAAAUACCCCAAUGCACAUCUAAAUGUACCUUCAGCCAUUUACAUACCUUCAAAAACCUUGUCCCAAACAAUUUAUCGAAGGUCACAUAGGAAGUCUCUAUCUGACUAGGGAAAUGAACUGAGCUGUUUUAAGCCCCAAAGUAAAAUCCUCGAUUGUUUUAUUUAGGUGUGCAAAUAUUAUGACUGCUUUUUCUGUUGAUUUAACUUUGAAAGAUGAGCUUAGAAGCCAUGACUGAUGCUUCUCUUUUCAAAGUUUACAUUUUUCAGGAGUUUGUACUUGCUUUUAGUAAGGUAAGAUUUUUUAAAAGUGGUUUCCCAGUAUUUCAUCUGUUUGUAUUGGCACAGAGUCACUACAUGACCUUCAGUUGUGACAGUCAAUUCAAGCAAUAGCAGGACACCACUGGACGUAAGCAAAAUCUAUUCUUGUAUCAGAUGGUACAAAUGAAUAUUGGAAACAUUUGUUAUUUCAAAGAGAAGAGCUAACAUAGUUUGAAUGUUUAUGUAUGCAUAAUGUUCACUACCACAGAAAACAAGAUUACCAAUAUGAUCAUGUUUUGGCAAUGUUAUUGUAUGCUGAAAUAUUUUUCUACUAUUUAUUAACAUGUCUGAAAGAGGGCAAGUAAUUUCUGGCAGCGUGUUACAUUAAAGUUGCAUAUGAGCAUAGGUUCA